AAGCUUGCGAGGGAAACGUCAUCAUAUGGCGACGCCCGAGUAAGUGGACAGCAACGACGACAAGGUUGGAUCAUACGUCUGGAGAAAACAUUUUAGUAUAUUACAGGUGGUCAUGGCAGAUCUUGGACUGAAACAGGGAGAUAAAGUGUUGGUGGUAUGGACCCACCCGUCCUCUCCUACAGCUUUAAAGGAAUUGGCUGAGGCUGUCGGUUCUGUGGUUGGUGGUCAGGACCUGGUGUCCCUUGAGAACAUACAAAGGCUCCAUAUGUCAUCUCGUUCGGCUUCGAGUUACGACUGGGUUUUGUCCCAGCUGCUACCUGACACUGCUUCGGUCCACAGCUCUGAGAUGCUGGUCGAGAUGGCCCGUGUCCUGAAACCCGACGGGAAGCUGGUGCUGGAGGAGCCUGUAUCAGGUUCUGAGGAGGUGAACGGAUUCAGGACGACAGUGAAGCUCAUGUCAGCACUCAAACUAUCUGGUCUUGUUUCCGUCACAGAGGUGAAGAGUGAAGCCCUGAGCGCUGAGGCUCUGAAGCAGCUCACAGAUGUCCAGGGAAAAUCUCUGUCUAGGGUGCGGAUAACAGCUUGCAAACCUAACUAUGAGGUCGGAGCGUCAUCUCAGCUCAAACUGUCCUUCGCCAAAAAAACAGAAAAGCCAGCUCUCGAUCCAGGUGCCGCCAAACUGUGGACUCUUUCAGCUAACGACAUGGACGACGAUGACGUCGACUUGGUGGACUCUGAUACGCUUCUGGAUGCCGAAGACCUGAAGAAACCCGACCCGGCUUCACUCAGAGCGUCAUCAUGUGGAGAAACAGGAACUAAGAAGAAAGCCUGCAAGAACUGCACGUGCGGCCUCGCCGAGGAGCUGGAGCAGGAGCAGGAGAGCAAAGCGGCUCAGAAAGCAAGUCAGGCGAAAUCAGCCUGUGGAAACUGCUAUUUAGGAGACGCUUUCCGCUGUGCCAGCUGUCCGUAUGUCGGCAUGCCUGCGUUUAAACCAGGAGAGAAGGUUGUUCUGGCCAACACACAGCUCGCAGAUACAUAAACCAUGCUGAUUCCCCAAAGCGUCCCCAAAGAUUCAUUCCAUUCCUUUCCUUUAAGGUCAUUCAGUAUCAACAUGAAGGGUUUUGAAAGCUUCACAUAUCAAACAUUCACUAAAUGAGUACAAAUAAACCUUAAGAAACCUGAAA